CUUAUUUGACCCUUUUCUUCUCUGAAACUUUGAGGUUUUUGUCUCUCUAGAUUUUGGGGAGCUCUGCUCAUAAAUUCCUGUCAAAGCAAUAUAGUGCACUAAGAUUUUUGCAGAGGAUUUUUAGCAGAGCUCUGUCAAGUUACUUUUCUAACCUUCCUGCUUUUUGUGUCUUUUCACUGUGACUAAAGCCUAACUUAUUGGAAAUCUCUGAUCUCUGCAACUGCCAUAAAAUCCCAGUUCCUGAUCAUUCUUUUUGGGAUCUUUAAAACCUGAAAUUAUACUUUAAUUCUUAUACGUUUUGGUGGAGUUUGAAAGCCUGGUUCUUGGCCUAAAUUUUUCUCAAUACCGGAGAAGAAAGCAAGUUCUUCUGAUCAAAUUUUCAAGGUUCACUUGAGACCAGUUGUAGAAGCAUUCGGUUAUUCUCUGAUUUUUCAGUCAAACUGAAGUCUUGUUCUCAAAUUUUCGGAGCACUCAGCCAUGGGUUUGUGGAUUUUUGCAUAUGGGAGUUUACUUUCGAAUCCAGGAUUUGAAUAUGAUGAGAAAAUCAUAGGCUUCAUCAAGCACUACAGACGUGUAUUUGAUCUUGCUUGCAUUGAUCAUAGAGGAACCCCUGACUUUCCAGCCAGAACAUGUACCUUGGAGGAAGAGAAAGAGGCAGUCUGUUGGGGAGUUGCAUAUUCUGUUAAAGGAGGGCUGGAAAAGGAAAGAGCGAUCUUGCAAUAUCUGGAGAGAAGGGAAUGCGAAUAUGAUUUAAAGGUUUAUACAGAUUUUUACAGGGAAGGAGAGGAUUCACCAACUUUGACUGGAGUUAUGUUAUUUAUCUCCACUCCAGAUGAAGAAACAAACAAGUAUUACCUGGGCCCUGCUUCAGUUGAGAACAUGGCAAGCCAAAUUGCAGAAGCUACUGGCCCUUGUGGGAAUAACAGGGACUACCUAUUCCAUUUAGAGAAGGCAUUGUUUGAUAUUGGGCAUGAAGACAGUUCGGUGAUUGAGCUUGCAAAUGAAGUGAGGAAAGUUCUCGGAAGGCGUAAGAGGAGAAUAUGCAAAUGUGGCAAUGUUGCCUGCAACUCCAUGAUCUCCACCACUCAGAUGUAUCUUAUGGGCAAUUCUCAAGUCACUCAAUGAUAUUGAUCUUUUACUGAUAAAGAUGGGAUGCAUGAUUAGGCACUAAUUAAUUUUAAUUACUUAUAAAGAUGCAUGAAAAUAAUGGGUACUGCCUAAUUAUGCUUGCAUCUUUGUCUGUAGUUGGAAACUUGGACAGAAGAUUAGAAUUUGAAAUUUCCUGAGUUAAAACUCAUAACACUCGAACAAGUUGAAUUUUGAAUUCGUCUUUCAUUUCGGCCUCUUGUUACAGUUCCCUGAAGUUUUAGUAAGUUGACUGUUUUGGCUCA